CCCGCUCGCCCUCCGCAUGCGUAUGUGAUUUGCUAGCGUUUGUGUGUGUUCUCCAUGCUCCCUAACGUGUCACAUUGAUGAAGACAAUGAGAAAAGUCUUAUUGUCCGACUGGAAUGUGGCAGAAGAAGACAACGGGACGAGCAUGUCAUCGCUUGGCACCAGUGUCAGGUCUGCUUACAGCAUGACACACCGUGGAAGGAGGGAGACAGGACUGGAUGUCUUCUGAUACAUGAUGACGAUGAUGAUGAUGAUGCUUGAGGAAAUUUCGAAACCUUAAUCUGAAUUGAUGAUUGGAAACAUGCACUGAUAAAAGUGAGACCUCCGCCUGUCAGUCGACCCAUGAGAUGGAGCUUCUCCCGCUGGGUGUGCUGAGUCGCGGACGUCCCCUUCACCUGCAGGCGGACUCCCUGUGGCUCCAGCACCCUGUCGUUGAGGAGCAGGUGGAGCUGUGGUGGUUCAACAAGCCGCACGUCUCUCUCCUGUGCUACUGCUUCUCUGUGGCCAUGAUCCUGAGUCUGGGUUCGGCCGGUGUGGGUCUCCUCUCCACCGCUUCAACCGCUGUGGGACCCUCAGUGCUGUGGCGUUUGGCUGUGGGCUCCACCCUGUGCCUGCUGGCGCUGGUGGUCCUGAUGAAGCAGCUGCUCAGCUCGGCCGUGCAGGACAUGGGAUGCAUUCGCAACCGCAGACGCAUCGAACAGCUGCGCAGCGGGGGAACCGUGGACCCCUUACUUCUGCUCUUCACUGGUUUGGCACUGGUGGUCUGCGGGAUAACACUGCUCAGUCUCUCUCAGACAGACAUGCUGCUUUCUGGCGGGACCCUCCUGGCCUGUGGGGGUGCUGUGGUGCUCGGUGUGACAGCUUAUGGAGGGAUUGUUUAUGUGCAGGGAAGAAGAAACACGAGGAGGCGACGGCGGCGGAGGGUGCGAGUGUAUACAGUAACGGCGCAAAGGAAUCCACCAUGGAGAGAUUCAACUUAUAGUCAGUCGAAUUUGUUGUGAGCAGAGGUGGGCCAAAAUCUACACUCAAGUAAAAGUACAAGUACUUGAGGUAAUUUUUAAGCAACUAAAAGCAACACUCUUAAAAGUUCCUUGAGAAAAGGUUAUUGCACAGUGAAUUCGAAAUUUGCAUCUGUAAUUUUCGCACGUUAAAAAAUAAAUUCAACCUCACGUUUUGUAAGUUGUGUUGAAACACUGCCUACGAACUCAAAAAAACUCAAGUAAAAGUAACAAUCCCAAAAGUUACUUGAUUAAGAGUAAAAAGUAUCCGAUGGAAAAAUUACUCAAGUAAUUAGUUAUUAGUUACUUUUAAUCUUUAAAUAUAUAUAUCUCAUAAGAGUAGCAGAGUGAUGUGGCUGUAUAUCGGCACUGGUGGGAGGCGAUCUUUAGUUCCCCAUAGUGAUGGGUCGUUCAUGAACGAUUCGUUCAUUUUGAACAAAUCUUAAAUAUGACUCGGGAAGUACGAGUCCUCUCAGGGAGUGAUUCGAUCAUCCGCGCGUACGCGCAUUUAUGCAGGUGGUAUCGUUAAUUUCAAGUCUUCAUCACAUUGGCAGAAGCCAAUCGUACGCGUUUAGAGCCGGAAAAAGACCGGAUCCGCUCCCCUCUAGAGUCUUCUAUCGGUCUGAGUCACCGUUCAUCACGGGCCAAUCAUACGCGUGUAGAGCCGGAAAAAGAAUUGAUCCGCUCAUCUCUCGAGUCCUCUAUCAGGUCUGAGUCUUUCGUUCAUCACGGGCCAAUCAUACACGUUUAGAGCCAGAAAAAGUAUUGAACUGUUCAUCCCUCAAGUCCUCAGGUUUGAGUCAUUCUGUCACGUAAACAACGAACGAUCAUGGCUCCUAUCAGCUUGAAUGAACCACUGACAUUAGAAGACAUGAAGAGGUGAGCUGAGCAAAGAGACAACAAUGCCUUUAUAGACAAAAGAGCAGGUAAACACUGAAUUAUUAUUUUCUCCUUCUUAUAUUCUGUUUAUGACUUAUUUGUCGUGUAAUUAACCUUUUGGGCUAGUUGUAGAUGUGUUUGGAAGCAAUUCAUAACAUUUUAACAAUGUUUUUGCAAAUUUAACUAAAUGAACGAAAUGACUCAAAAAAAGAUUCGUUCAUCUUGAUGAACGAGACUCAAAGAUCCGAGUCAGUAAAAUGAUCCGAACUUCCCAUCACUAGUUCCCCAGCAGUGCCGAUAUACAGGCAUAUUGCACUGCUACGAGUGUGAUAUUACAUUUAUACAACAGUUCGAUGGCAUAACUGCAUUUAUAAAAAAGAAAAUCAAACACGGAGAGUAGGGCUGCAUGAUUGAUCAUAUUAUUAUCAUGAUAACGAUAUUUGUGGCUCACAAUCAUACAUUAAAAAUUGUCGCAAUUUUACAGUAUAAAGACAAACCCGUUAUUUUAAUGGGCGGAGUUUACGAAUUGCAAGAGUGUGUUUUUUUUUUUUUUUAAAGGAAUGCAAUGUUGAUCAGGUAGCCUUUGCUCCUGUUUAGUCCAAACAUCCCAAGGUAACACAAAAACCUCAUUAACCACUUUAAAAACCAUCAUAAAGGGGCUGUCAUCAGUGGGUAGUGAGUUCAUCACAUAUGAACUCGUGUGACUCAUGUUGUAGUUAAAGUUUAGCGCAUUAAUUUGUAAUAAAGUAAUGCAUAACACAUUCAGGUACUGUUAUUGUAAAGUGUUACCCUGCUGAAAAAUCCAGCUUAAACCAGCCUAGGCUGGUUGGCUGGUUUUAGCUGGUCGACCAGGCUGGUUUUAGAGGGGUUUUGGCCACUUCCAGGCUGGUUUCCAGCCAUUUCCAGCCUGGUCUUAGCUGGUCAGGCUGGGAGAUGACCAGCUAAAAUCAGCUUGACCAGCCUAGCCAGGCUGAGAGCCCAGCCAAAACCAGCUAUGUCCAGCUUAAACCAGGCUGGUCAAGCUGGUUUUAGCUGGAUUAAGCUGGUCAUUUUUCAGCCUGACCAGCUAAGACCAGGCUGUAAAUGGCUGAAAACCAGCCUGGAAAUGGCCAAAACCCCUCUAAAACCAGCCUGGUCGACCAGCUAAAACCAGCCAACCAGCCUAGGCUGGUUUAAGCUGGAUUUUUCAGCAGGGAUACCCAUAAAAGAAAUAUACAGGAGCAAAUGCAGUGUUUGCAUCCAAAUCUGAUCCAACAUUUGACAACUCUAUAAAAACAUUAGCGACAUUUAUAAGGUUUGCAAAGCCAACACAAAUCCAAGAACCAUAAAAGGAAGGUAUGACAUAUAAUUAUUACAUCUGGAAUACUCGCUUCACUGAAAACGUUCACAUGUACUUACAUCCACAUUCACUUGUAUCUGCUUGUCUGUCAGGCUGCUAUUUGUCUAUUUGGCGCCGUUGUGAAUGAAUAAUACGAAGCUUAGUAUCAUUCAACCGGUUUCACUUCUGUAUAUGUUUUUUGCUAGUUUGGCGCCAUCUUGUGAAACGCCCAGGCUUUUUAUGCUUCAGCUUCACUCAGAUGAUUUCGUUUCGGUCAGCUUUGCUUUUAACUAAAUAAUUAAUAAACUAUUAUGGCUCAGAACAA